AUGAAUGAGCUGAAGAAGGAUAUCAUCGUCUUCUGGGGUUCUCAGAGCGGGAAGAGCGAACGUUUAGCCAAGGAGCUUGUGAGAGAAUGUUCCACGCGUUUUGGUCUAGCAGCAAUGGCUGCUAAUGCGGACGAGUUUGACUUCGAUCAAAUCCGGGACUUUAAAAGGGGAAGAGUUGUUGGUUUUGUUGUCGCGACAUAUGGUGAAGGUGAUCCGACCGACAAUGGCUUGGGCUUGCAUGACUAUCUUCAAGAAACCGAUCUCUAUCCGAAACAGUCAUUUUCGCAGCUGCAGUAUUUUUGCUUCGGAUUGGGAAGCUCGCAGUACCAAUCAUACAACCGAUUUGUGGACUUUGUUGAUGAGAAGCUCGCCUCUACCGAGGCAAGCAGGAUUGUACCAGUUGGAAAAUUGGAUGAAGCUCUUCACUCAAACGAUGAAUGGCUGACUUGA